GGCAUUUCCAAUCAAGAGCGAGGCGAGUCCAUACAGCAGCAACCAGUUCCUGAAUGGCUUCAUUGUUUAGAGCUACUAGACCCUUUGGAAUAAUCUCAAGGAUCACUGCCCCUGCUCGCCUCGGAGUUGUAUCAUCAUCAAAUCAAACUGCUUCCUUUUCAUCAACCAUGGCUUCCAAGGCAAACGACCACUACCUGACGCUUUCCUGCCCGGAUAAGCCUGGCAUCGUGCACGCUGUUACUGGACUUCUGGCCAAGCAUGAGCUGAACAUUCUUGACUUGCAACAAUUUAGUGACCCAACUUCGGAAAAGUUCUUCAUGCGUGUUCACUUUGGCCAUGCUGCCGAUACCGAACACUUGAAGCCUUCCUUGGCCGAAUUGGCCGAGUCAAUGAAGAUGGACUACAACAUCCGCCCUGUCUCUGCUAAGCCCCGUGUUUUGAUCAUGGUCUCCAAGAUUGGCCACUGUCUGAAUGAUCUACUCUUCCGUCAAAAGAACAAGCAACUGCAAGUCGAGAUUCCUCUCAUCGUCUCAAACCAUCCCGACUUCGAGCCCUUGGCCCAGAACUACAACAUCCCCUUCCACCACCUUCCCGUCAACAAGGAUACCAAGCUGGAACAGGAGAAGCAGAUUCUGGAUCUCGUCAAGGAAAACAACAUUGAUCUCAUUGUUCUGGCUCGCUACAUGCAAGUCUUGACUCCUGGUCUCUGCUCAGCCAUGUCCGGCAAAAUCAUCAACAUUCACCACAGUUUCUUGCCCUCCUUCAAGGGUGCUAAGCCUUACCAUCAAGCUUACGAGCGCGGUGUUAAGAUUACUGGUGCUACUGCUCACUUCGUCACUGCCGAUCUUGAUGAGGGUCCUAUCAUCGAGCAAAGAAUCGCUCGUGUCAACCACGCCAUGUCGCCCAAGGACCUUGUUGAGGAGGGAUCCAACGUCGAAGCUCAAGUAUUGGCUGCUGCCGUCAAGUGGUGGUCGGAGGAGAAGGUCUUCCUCAACGGCACCAAGACUGUGGUCUUCAACUAAAAAUUCGCUUCUCGUGUAUGACUAGUUCAAUUCGAAUAUAAAGGCAGCAUCAUGGUUAUAGAGCAAGGAUGUAUGGCAAUCUAGAUGUCUACUGGGAGACUAUCUGUAUGGGUCAGAUAAAUAUGUCAUCAAUUUUACUGUUACUACUGGACACUUGCACAAUAUCUUUCAGCCUCUUCGGAUGUCUCGAGCCAAGAUCCACUUCUGAUAAACCAAAUCACAUGUUCCCGAGCAGUAGCAUGGCAGGGACCGGAUUGACUCGUUUUGCGCGCAAAGUCUACCACAAGCUAGCGCUAGAGAUGCUUACAACGGAAUGCGACACAGAGGAACAGGA